UUGAGCUCUGCCUGGAAGCCCGACCCACUCCCUGACUGCGUAUCUUUGCCCGAGGAGGAGGAAGACGAGGAGGAGGAGGAGGAGGAGGAGGAGGAGGCGCGCACCGCUUUUGUUACCUGUAUUAGACUACCUGGCUGUUGCAAUCAGAGCGGUGGCCAUUCGCUCAAUGUCAUCAUGAUCAUCCUCUCGUCGCGCAGCGUACUGCUGUCAGUGUACUACCCGCAGAUCUUCCUCAUCCUGACGAGCGGCAGCUACCUGGCCCUGUCCUCGGUGGUGGCUCUCGGUGCCAACAUCAUCUGCAACAAGAUUCCAGGGCUGGCACCUCGCCAGCGGGCCAUCUGCCAGAGCCGCCCGGACGCCAUCAUUGUUGUGGGCGAAGGCGCCCAGAUGGGCAUCAAUGAGUGUCAAUACCAGUUCCGAUAUGGACGCUGGAACUGUUCGGCGCUGGGGGAGAGGACAGUCUUCGGUCAGGAGCUGCGAGUAGGCAGCCGGGAAGCGGCUUUCACCUAUGCCAUCACGGCAGCGGGGGUGGCCCACGCCAUCACGGCGGCGUGCAGCCAGGGCAACCUGAGCCAGUGCGGCUGCGACCGGGAGAAGCAGGGCUAUUACAAUCAAGAGGAAGGCUGGAAAUGGGGCGGCUGCUCGGCGGACAUCAAGUACGGCAUCGAGUUCUCUCGCCGCUUCGUAGACGCCCGUGAAAUUAAAAAGACUCCCCGACGCCUGAUGAACUUACAUAACAACGAGGCGGGCAGAAAGGUUCUGGAAGAGAGGAUGAAGCUGGAGUGCAAGUGCCACGGCGUGUCGGGCUCCUGCACCACCAAGACCUGCUGGACCACCCUCCCCAAGUUCCGCGAGAUCGGCUACGUGCUCAAGGACAAGUACAACGAGGCGGUGCACGUGGAGGUGGUGCGCGCCUCCCGCCUGCGGCAGCCCACCCACCUCAAGGUGAAGCAGACUCAGGGCUACCGCAAGCCCAUGGAGACGGACCUCGUCUUCAUCGAGCGGUCGCCCAACUACUGCGAGGAGGACGCGGCCACGGGGAGCGUGGGCACCCAGGGACGCCUGUGCAACCGCACCUCGCCGCACACGGACGGCUGCGACCUGAUGUGCUGCGGGCGGGGCUACAACACGCACCAGUACACCAAAGUGUGGCAGUGCAACUGUAAGUUCCAGUGGUGCUGCUUCGUCAAGUGCAACACGUGCAGCGAGCGGACGGAGGUGUUCACCUGCAAAUAG